AUGGCCUCUGAAUUUGCUGCCAAAGUUAUUGCAGACGCCCCACCCGGCGAGCUUUCAAAUGUCCUUGACGAUCUUGACAUUUUGUCCCAGGAAGCUUCAGGUCUUACCCGCAACAUUGAGACUGCUGUCGCCAAAUAUAAUGUGGAUCAAUUCACAAUUGUAACUCUUGAAGGAUCUAAAAAAACUGUUCUUUCACCAUUCAACCAAGCAGAAGAUCUCUUUUUUGACCCCGUGCUUAAAAAACAGUUUGAAUACGACCACCUGGCAAAGAAAGCAACCAAUGUUUCUUCAUACUCUACAGAUGUCGACGUGGACGACUUACACGACUCGGUUUCGCGUUACGUGGCCGAGCACUUCCCAUCCUCCUCCGGCUUUGGUGUAUUCCCGCAGCCUGACCAGACCAUUGCCAUUGUGAUUGUUGAUAGCAAGUACAGUGCCGCCAACUACUGGAACGGGCGCUGGCGCUCGUGGUAUCUUCUGGAUCCUGCCAGCGGCUCUAUUUCUGGCUCUGUCGAGCUUGAUAUCCACUAUUUUGAAGAUGGUAAUGUACGCCUGACAACUCGUAAGGAAAUCGGAUUCACAGUUGCAGAUGCAAAAGACCCCCCAGCUGUUGUGGCCCAAAUUGCAAACUACGAAAGUGAGUACCAGGAAGAACUGAACCGCGCACUCGUGGGACUUAAUGAAGGCCCCUUCAAAGCUCUGCGUCGACAGCUACCUGUCACCCGGUCUAAGAUGAACUGGGGUAGCGCACUCGGCAACUACCGUUUAGGCAAGGACAUUGGCGGUGCCAAUUAG